UGUCCUGGUUUCCAGCAGGAUUUCUGAGGAUUUUCAGAACAUAUAAAAAUCACGGAUAUACAAGCUUUGGGUCCCACAUUCCACUCACGAACAUUCCCAUGUCAGAUGGAAAAUCCCACCGAACCUCCCGAGAUCAGAUGUGACUUUGGAGUAAAUGAACAUGGCUGGCGGAUACGAGGAUCUGGGGUGGCCAGAGAGGGUUUGGUGGCUCAGACAGUAGCCCAGGGCCCAAUCCUUAUCUUCCCUGGUAGGGAAAAAAAAACAACAUGAGGGCAAAUUGUGAGCACAGUGAUGUAAUAUUACUGUAAGCUGAGAUUCCCACAUUCUUCCAAACUUCCUGGUAAUCAUUGAUGAUGAAUCAAGUUCUGCCUGUGCCGAGUGUAGCUCCUGCUAUAAAAGUAGGACGUCUGGGUUUUCCUACCAAAGUAAAAACUUGUUUGAUUAGGUGAGAUAAACUCAAUAUUGUGCAGACACCCCCACUCUCCACUCCUCUUUUCCUCCCUGAAACCUGAGCUGAAAAUGAACUGGCCCUUCAGCUUUAUCAGUUCAGCUGUGACACAGGCAGGUUUGGCCACUGCCAGCAUGAACUCCAACUGCACUGAUUUGGACUCCCUGCUGAAACUUUACUAUCUCCCAGCUUCUUACGGAAUCAUCUUCGUUUUUGGCCUGGUGGGAAACAUCAUCUCCAUCAGCAUUUACCUGACAAAGCUGCGCCCUUGGAAAAGUAGCAGCAUCAUCAUGGUCAAUCUGGCGCUGACCGACCUUCUCUACGUCCUCACCAUGCCCUUCCUAGUCCACUACUAUGGAAACGAGGAUUUUUGGAUGCUUGGUGACUUCACGUGUCGCUUUGUGCGGUUUGCGUUUCAUUUCCACCUUUAUGGUAGCAUCCUCUUCCUGUCCUGCGUGGCCGUGUUUCGCUACAUGGUGGUGAUCCAGCCUCUGAGGGUGGUCCAGUUGCAGCAGAAGUGUUGGGGCAUUGCAGCAUGCUCGGCUGUGUGGAUCAUUGCUGCUGCUGAAAUCUCUCCCAUGCUGACAAUUAUAUCCAUCAACACUGAGAACAACAAGACCAAGUGUUUGGACUUUGCUAGUACCCUACCGAUCAAUGUUGUGCGAGAGUAUGACUGGGUUCUCACUAUACUUGGCUUUUUCCUCCCCUUAGUGUUGGUGUUCACGUGUUACAUUGGUGUUGUGAAACAGCUGUCCAACGGCCCCGGACCUUCCAGCUCUGGCCGUAAGCGAGCGCGACGUGUUACCGUGCUCGUCUUGGUGGUUUUUGCCAUCUGCUUUCUGCCAUACCACAUCCUACGUGUGCUGUGGAUAGAAAUUCAAAGCACAACAAUGUCAUGCAUGAAAAAUAUUGUGCAUGCAGCGUAUAUCAUCUCCAGGCCUGUAGCUGGAUUCAACACCUUCUUUAACCUGGCGUUGUACACACUCUCAGGUGAUAAGUUCAGAAGGGCCUUCCUGGGCUGUUUUCAUUCUGAAUGUUGGUCACGUCGCUGCAAACUCUAACUGUCAUGAAAACACGUCAGAUAAGCUCUAUUGUGUGUUUUUCUUUCCAGCUACACCCAUAGUCCAGUAUGUUAUGCCAAAAUUCAGAGGCUGCAUCCUUUGAAGAACCUGGCCUAUCUCACUGAUGUAGGUUUGAAUCCGGCAUCCACCCAGAAGUAAGCGGCUUGACGAUCUAGCCCUCAAAUUAAUUCCCGCCCCUUACUGCCGAAUGAGCUCAUUUACACUUUAUUUUAAAGGAUUUUACUUCUGCAGCACAGAAACCUUGUAUAAAAGGCUUUUACUCUUUAGCUCUUCAACAGUUAAUUGUUAAUUUAUUUUCUCAGUUUCAUUCAUCAUUCAUGCAAAAUACAAUCAAAAACAGUCUCCUAAGUGAAAAAAGGGGGAGGAAGAAGAAGUCUUGUAUGACCUACCCCUUUCUACUUCAUACAGUAUCAUUUACAGAAUGGCCUUAUACACAAACCAAGUAUAGAACUUCCUUAUCUUUGUAAACAAAAUCACAAUAAAACUUAUCAAUAUAUAUACUUAUUAAAUAUUUACUUAUCAAAUAUGAUUCCAUGAUAUUUUCUUUAUAUCGUCUCUUAAAUUGAUCAGUAGUUAAACAUUUUUUCAGGUCAUGAUCCAGAUGAUUCCAUAAUUUUACUCCAUAUACUGAAAGACACGUUUGCUUUAAUGUUGUUUGUGCAAAAACUCUUUUCAACUCAGGCUUCUUUCUAUUUUUUCCAUCAUUUGAAAUCAAAACAAAAAACGUCUGUAACUUCACUGGCAGUAACCUCUUUUUUGUCCUGAACAUAAUUAGUAAAGUUUUCAAAUUAACCAAAUCCCCGAAUUUCAUAAUUUUUGAUUCAAUAAAAAGCCUAUUGGUAUGUUCUCUAGCAUCUACUUUAUAUACAAUUCUCAUAGCUUUCUUCUGUAAUAAAAACAAAGGAUUAGUGUUUGUUUUAUAUGUGUAGCCCCAAACCUAUAUGCAGUAAGUCAAGUAUGGAACAAUAAAUGAAUAAUAUAAUAUAUGAUGUAUUGAUGACUCCAAAAUACUUUUUACUUUAUUUAAAAGUCCAAUACUUUUACACAGUUUUUGUUUUCUAUAUUUUAUAUGGGGUUUCCAAUUAAGUUUAUGAUCCAAGAUGACCCCUAAAGAUCAUACUUCAUUUACUCUUUCAACUGAAGUUCCAUCUAUGGGCAAUGUAACAGAAUCAUCUGUCUUCCUGUUACCAAAAAUCAUGAAUUACGUUUUAUUCCAAUUUAUAAAUAGUUUAUUGUCCAUAAACCACUUCUUCAGUUUAGUUAUCUCAUAAUCCACAUUUUCCAAAAUAAUUUGUAAGUUUAUCCCAGAACAAAAUACAUUUGUAUCAUCAGCAAACAAAAUGAACUGUAAUAUUUUGGACACAUCACAAACAUCAUUAAUAUACAAAUUAAAGAGCUUAGGUCCCAACACAGAACCCUGUGGGACUCCAUAUGUAAUAAUUUGAGAAUCUGAAAUUUCAUCUUCUAACUGUACAUAACAGUCAUAACCCAAUAUCCCAGUUUGAGAACAGACAUAACAGGGGCUGCAUGGUGGCGCAGUUGUUAGCGCUGUUGCCUCGCAGCAUUAAGGUCGCAGGUUCGAAACUCGGCUGUGGCCUUUCUGCGUGGAGUUGCGUGUUCUCCCCAUGCAUGCGUGGGUUUCCUCCGGGUACUCCGGUUUGCCCCACAGAUCACAACAUGCCCUAUAGGUUAUAAAUUGUAAGUCACUUUGGAUAAAAGCAUCUGCUAAAUAAAUAAACAUAAACAUAGUGUGCUAAAAUGCAGCUGUUCUGAACAGCUAGCAUAGAUGCUACGACUUUUCGUUUCAUUACCUUUCUGUUACUUUCACAUUCUAAAAAGUACAUUUUAGCACAACUCGCUAACAACUUCAGUUACAGAUUAAGUCAUUUUUGGUCAAUGUUGCUUGCAUUUUAUGAGCCUAGCAUAAACGUCAAAGCACACAAAAGGCCAGAAGCUAGCCAAUGUUAAAGAGUAGAAUAAAGAUGGUGGAAAAAACAUUUUUCUUUGUUUAAUCUAUUUUUUGUACAUUUUUUCUCAACUGUGCUGGUUUUGUAUUUAAUAAAGAACAUUAAUUAAAAUUUUCCCAAAUUGACUAAAAUUUUUCAUAAACCCAUAUCUUAAUUGUGUUUUUAAAGCUGAUUCAAAGGUAAUUUCACUAUGACUCACAAGAGAGUUAAAGUUGCUAUCCAGAAGUUCCCUUUUCAGGAAUUUAUGUAUGGUUUUUCAGAAAUCCAUAAAAGUGAUUGUCCUAUCAUGAUAUAAUUUAAUAUGAGUUCAGCGCCGGUCAGGAUUAACCAAUAGUGUUAGACUACCACUUACGUACAGACGUUAAUCACAGGGCAUGCUCAAACGUUUAAGAGUAUACUUCGGCUGAUGCAGAGUUGCGACCUUUCUCACGGAAAAGUCUUUAAAGGUCCACUUGGCAGUUGUGCUUCCUUUAGCACCCCCUAGUGUCCAUUAUUAAUUUGCUGAGGUAGGGAUGCACCAAAAAUUUGACCACCGAAAAUUUUCGUCCGAACAUGACCCAUCUUCAACAUGACCCAUCUUUUGCUAUUAGCCGUGUUUUUAACCAUCCUUUCUACACCCACCAUGUCCUGAAACCGGUGAAAUCAGCUUUGGUCGUGUGUGAAGCGUGUUUACUUUUCUGCAGCACACAGACUCUGUUGCUGUGUGAAUAUCUUCAGUAAGCCAUUACCAGGCUAAGAACUUUGUCAACAAUGAACAGACUUGUCAGCAUUGUUCAUUUCUCCUCUCUAAUAUAUAAUAAUAAUCGCCCUCUUCUCUCCUCAGCUGGGAGCCUCCAGACGUGGGAGGUUUUCAAACUGUAAUAACUACAAAAAUUUCAAUAGAAACACCCAAAAGUGUUGCUCAGAUGGAAGUUACACAUCUCCACUAGCUUCUGGGUAUUAUAUUUGCAGCUGUGGCUCAGAAGCUUGUCUCAAUAUUGCAACUUUGGCGCAUAAAGGGGUAAUUUUAAAAUCUUUCUCAGCAGACCUUUCGGUUCUAAGCCUGUACAAUUAUAAUGUAUUAUUUUUAUUAAUUUAUUAUUUUUUACUGUGCAC